ACGGCCGGCGAAGCGCCGCCCCUGCCCGAGCUGCGCCAUCGGGAACUCCCCCCGCUCCCCGCCCUGCAGCCGCUGCCCGCCGCCGGCGGAGCUCGGACCGUUAGCCCGGGGGACCAUGGCGGUGAUCCUGUGAAUUUGUGUACCGUCGAUGAUGGCAGAGCACCCACCAUUACUGGAUACCAGUUCGAUUAUAAGUAGUGAAAUCCCUCUUCUAACUUCCCCAAUUGUUAGCGGGGAUGGAGCACAACAGGUUAUUCUUGUGCAAGUUAAUCCAGGGGAAGCAUUUACAAUAAGAAGAGAAGAUGGACAGUUUCAGUGCAUUACAGGUCCUGCUCAGGUUCCAAUGAUGUCCCCAAAUGGUUCAGUGCCUACUAUUUAUGUGCCUCCUGGAUAUGCCCCACAGGUUAUUGAGGAUAAUGGCGUUCGAAGGGUUGUGGUGGUUCCCCAGGCUCCAGAAUUUCAUCCUGGUGGUCACGCAGUGAUACACAGGCCUCCUCAUCCUCCACUGCCUGGCUUCCUUCCUCUCCCAGCCAUGAUCCCCCCUCCACCACGUCACAUCUACUCACCAGUAACCGGGGCUGGUGACAUGGCAACGCAGUACAUUCCGCAGUAUCACACAUCCCAAAUGUACGGGGAUCUGGAUACCCUGCCUGCACAUGGAAGAGCCAACUUUAGAGAUGAAAGGUCUAGUAAAACAUAUGAAAGGUUACAAAAAAAAUUAAAAGAUCGGCAUGGAACUCAGAAGGAUAAAUUAAACAGUCCUCCAUCAUCUCCUCAGAAAUGUCCUUCUCCUGCAAGUGAACCUAAUGGACUUACAAAAGGACAGGACACAGCUGGUAUAAGCACAGGUUCUACCAAAAGCAAGUCAGUGGGUAAAGGAAAAAGCAAUUCUCAGACAGACGUAGAAGUAGAAGAAAAGGAUGAAGAAACAAAAGCACUUGAAGCACUUCUUUCUAAUAUAGCCAAGCCAGUGGUGUCAGACAUUCAGGCAAGAACGGCGCUGCUUACGUGGUCACCUCCAUCCAUUGAUGUCGGAGAAGACGCUGACAAGAGUAACAUACCAGGGGUUUAUACUUACGAAGUGAUGAUUUCAAAUACUGGGAAGGAUGGAAAAUACAAAACUGUAUAUAUUGGAGAAGAAAAUAAAGUUACUGUAAAUGAUCUCAGGCCAGCAACUGAUUACCAUGCAAAAGUCCAAGUGGAAUGCAGUUGUGUAAAGGGGAGUCCUUCAGAAGCAGAGAGUUUUACCACAAUGAGUUGUGAACCUGAUGCUCCAAAUCUGCCCAGGAUAACUAAUCGGACCAAAAAUUCUCUUACUUUGCAGUGGAAGGCAUCUUGUGAUAAUGGUUCUAAAAUCCACAGUUACCUUCUGGAAUGGGAUGAAGGAAAAGGAAAUGGAGAGUUUUGCCAGUGUUAUUAUGGCCAACAGAAGCAGUAUAGGAUUACUAAACUAUCACCAGCAAUGGGGUACACCUUUAGGCUAGCCGCCAAAAAUGACAUGGGGAUGAGUGGUUUUAGUGAAGAAGUCCUGUAUCAUACCUCAGGCACUGCCCCAACUACACCAGCAAGUCCUUUGCUGAUUAAUGCUGGAGUUACUUGGUUAUCCCUACAGUGGACAAAACCCUCAGGAACACCGUCAGAUGAAGGAAUUUCGUACAUACUAGAGAUGGAGGAUGAGAACUCAGGAUAUGGUUUCAAGCCAAAAUACGAUGGCGACGAUCUUACCUACACAGUGAAGAAUUUGAGGCGUAGUACAAAAUACAAGUUUAGGGUCAUUGCCUAUAAUUCAGAAGGGAAAAGCAGUCCAAGUGAGACAGUAGACUAUACUACUUGCCCAGACAAACCUGGAGCACCUUCAAAACCCUCAGUGAAGGGGAAAAUCCACGCACAGAGUUUUAAAAUCAUCUGGGACCCGCCAAAAGACAGUGGAGGAGCAGCAAUAAAUACAUACGUUGUGGAAAUCUCUGAAGGCUCUAAUGGAAACAAGUGGGACACAAUAUACAGCGGAGCCUCAAGGGAGCAUUUGUGUGAUCGACUGAAUCCUGGUUGUUCCUAUCGCUUACGUGUGUAUUGCAUUGGGGAAGGAGGACAGAGCAUGGCAUCUGAUUCUUUACUGGUGCAGACACCAGCAGUGGUUCCUGGUCCAUGCCAGCCUCCACGGCUACAGGGUAGACCAAGAGCAAGAGAAAUUCAGCUGCGCUGGGGACCACCUCAGGUAGAUGGCGGCUCACCCGUUACCUGUUAUGGUCUGGAAAUGUUUCAGACGGAAACUGAUGAACACAGAGAGGUUUACCAAGGCUCUGAUGUUGAAUGCACAGUAGGCAGCCUUCUUCCAGGGAGGAUGUACAACUUCAGACUGCGAGCAGCUAACAAGGCUGGGUUCGGACCUUAUUCGGAAAAAUGUGAAAUUACUACAGCACCUGGACCUCCAGAUCAGUGCAAGCCCCCCCAAGUGACGUGCAGAUCUGCCGCAUGUGCCCAGGUGUCCUGGGAGGUUCCAGUGAGUAACGGAGCUGAUGUCACGGAAUACCGACUGGAAUGGGGUGGUAUGGAAGGCUGCAUGCAGAUCUCUUACUGUGGGCCUGGCCUCAACUGUGAAAUGAAAGGACUUUUGCCUGCCACUAUAUACUAUUGCAGGGUUCAGGCAGUGAACGUUGCGGGUGCAGGCCCUUUCAGUGAAGUAGUGGCAUGUAUGACUCCAGCCUCUGUGCCUGCAGUUGUGACUUGUCUUCGGGGACUAAGUGAAGAUGAAGUGGAAAGUCCACACUAUUAUCCUUCCACAUGCCUUGCUAUAAGUUGGGAAAAACCUUGUGACCAUGGGUCUGAGAUCAUUGGCUACAGCAUAGACUUUGGAGAUAAGCAGCCAAUAACUGUUGGGAAGGUUCUGAGCUAUUUUAUAGAUGGCUUACAGCCAGAUACAACGUACAGAAUACGAAUUCAAGCUCUUAACAGCCUCGGAGCAGGACCUUUCAGCCACACCAUAAAACUGAAAACAAAGCCUCUCCCCCCGGACCCACCUCGCCUGGAGUGUGUUGCAUACAGUUCUCAGACUCUCAAGCUGAAGUGGGGAGAGGGAACUGCAAAAGCAUUAACUGACUCCAUUCAGUACCACCUUCAAAUGGAGGAUAAGAAUGGAAGAUUUGUAUCCUUAUACAGAGGACCAUGUCAUACAUACAAAGUACAAAGACUCAGUGAGUCGACAUCAUACAAAUUUUGUAUUCAGGCAUGUAACGAAGCUGGUGAAGGUCCCCUUUCUCAAGAAUAUGUUUUCACUACUCCCAAAUCUGUUCCAGCUGCCUUGAAAGCACCGAGGAUAGAGAGAAUAAACGAUCACACCUGUGAAAUCACGUGGGAGGUUCUGCAGCCCAUGAAGGGCGAUCCAGUUAUUUACUGCCUUCAGGUCAUGGUGGGAAAAGACUCUGAAUUCAAACAGAUUUACAAGGGCCCAGACUGGUCAUUCCGAUACACAGGCCUCCAGCUGAACUGUGAAUAUCGUUUUCGUGCAUGUGCCAUUCGCCAGUGCCAAGAGACGUCGGGUCACCAGGACCUGAUAGGCCCCUACAGCUCACCAGUGCUAUUCAUCUCUCAGAGGACUGAACCACCGACAAGCACCAACAAGGACACUGUGCAAACCACAAGGACACAAUGGUCACAGAGCGACCAAGUGUGUGCUGCUGUCAUUCUUGCACUUUUUGCUAUCUUUUCCAUUCUGAUUGCUGUUAUCAUUCAGUACUUUGUAAUAAAGUGAAGAAAACAGAUUUCUUUUAGAACGCCGCCCAUUACAUUUUACUUUCUCAUAAUCUUAAAAAAAAAAA